GAGCUGUACUGAAAGGAAAAUCCAUGACUCUGUCCUGUACACUGAAGCUGCAGUCUGCUGGAUGGAAGUUUUACUGGAUCAAACCCACACAGAGCACUGAGACUGAGACUGAAACAGACUACUACAACAUCAGCUCCGUUAGAGUCUCUGAUGGAGGUCAGUACAGGUGCAGAGCUGGAAGACGAAACCCAGUCUACUACACACACUACAGUGAUGCACUCUGGGUAAAUGUUAUUGAGAAUCCUAAAGCUGUGGUGACCAUAAAGCCUGAUAAACAUGUGUUCAGAGGAGAGACUGUGACUCUCAGAUGUGAAAUACAGGGAGGAGGAAACACUGAGUGGACAUACGACUGGUAUAAGAAAGAUAACACACUCUACCCAUACCGCACAACACAGGAGUUCAGCUUCAGCUCAGUUAGAAAUGAUGACAGUGGUGAAUACACCUGCAGAGGGUGGAGAAGCAGUGACUCUCAGAGCUCAGAGAUCAGUGAUGCUGUUACACUCACUGUAUCAGAUGCAGCAGAGGCAGUAGUGAGUGUGUCUCCACUGCGCUGGCUGACUGAAGGAGACUCAGUGACUCUAAGCUGUGAGUUUAAACACUCCUCUACAGGCUGGACAUUCAGCUGGUACACAGAGGUUCCCUCCAGAGACAGUCAGGGUUCCCUCAGGUACAGUACAGCGCUCCUCUCAGACAGCAGCAGAGGAUCUGGAGGCUCCUACACUCUCCGUCCUGUUACUGUGAAGCACACAGGAGUUUAUAUGUGCAGAGCAGAGAGAGGAGAACCAGUCUUUCACACACGGGACAGUAACCUACAGCCACUGUGGAUCACUGGUGAAUCUCCUCCAGUGUCUCUGAUCAUCAAUCCCAGCAGAACUCAACACUUUACUGCUGACUCUCUCUCACUGAGCUGUGAGGACCAGAGUGACUCUACUGGAUGGACAGUGAGAGGAUACACACACAGUGAGACAGUGUCUGAUUGUUCAUCAGGUUCAGGAUCUACAUGUAACAUCAGCUUCCUCUCUACAUCACACACUGGAGUUUACUGGUGUCAGUCUGAAUCUGGAGGACGCAGUAAUCCUGUCAACAUCACAGUGCACCAUGGUCAUGUGAUCCUGGACAGUCCUGUCCAUCCUGUGACUGAGGGACAUCCUCUGACUUUACAUUGUUUAUCUCGCAACUCAAAUACCUCAGCUUCUGGUGUUGAUUUCUAUAAAGAUGGUUCAGUCCUGCAGAACAAGACUACAGGAGAGAUGACCAUCAGUACUGUCUCAAAGUCAGAUGAAGGUUUCUACCACUGUAAACACCCAGAGAGAGAAGAGUCACCCAAAAGCUGGGUUUCAGUCAGAGAUGGAAAAGCUCCACUGUCAGUACUGAAGCUCCUCAGCAGUGCAGUAGCGGCCUCUCCGUAUGUGCUGGUGACCAUCAUUCUGGCAAUGAAAUGUUACAGAGCUCGAACUGACCCUGAUGAGGACAACAGACCGUACAGAGUGAUAGAAGCUGAAGCGUCUGUCUGAGACUCAGGUGUUUACAUUAUUUUUUAUCAUCUAGCGUUUAUAUAACAGCAGCUCCCCGUGCAACAGAGAACACUGCAUUUAGCCCAUGGAGCUGUAACGUGAUGAACGAACGACUCUGACCCGAAGACUCGAGAGCUGAAAUAAUCAUUUCUGUUUCCGGGGAACAGACGUGAGAAAUGCGACGUGACAAAAGAAAGAACGACUCGGAUCGGGAGGUGAGGUGAACUAACAGACUGUAUAGGCUGAAGACCUAAUGCUAAGCUAUUAAUUAAUCAUUUCUGUUUCUCAUAAUUUGGCCUUGGCUGCAAUAGCCUAUAUUUUAUCUUUUAUUCCAAAUGUGAUCAACGUUUGCGUAAGUACUAGAUGUGUUGGUGAAUUUAACAUGUAACAUUUUAAUUAUAUUCUGCUGAAAUGAAAGAAAUGACUUGAAAAAAGAUUUGUUCAUUUUGCUGAACGAGAUUCAAAGAUCCGAGUCAGUAAAAUGGUCCGAACUUCCCAUCACUACUGCUCACUGCAGAGCCAAAUAGAUGUAGCUGGACGUCUAGCUCCACCUCUCUUGAUCUAGUCUAGUAAUCUAUGGGUCUAGUCUAGUUUCACCUCUAUGGAUGUAGUCUAGUUCCACCUCUAUGGCUCAUUUCGACACCUACUGGCUGUUAACGUCAAUGCAAGCCCUUCAUUAGAUCAAACUUACCUAAAGGGGAAAAAAUGUUGAUUGUUAAUGCACGAAGGUUAGGUCAAAGUAACCAUGAGACUUGCAUGGAACUGGAGAUGCUGGCAUAGCUAAUAUUGCCUUAUCUUUCUUUAACAUUUUUCAUGAUUUCAUGAUUUUUCUGCACUGUUUCUGUGACAAACUGCAUGACUAGACUACCUUCUUUUUUCCCCACUGUAUUAAGGCUAUGUAAGCUAUUUGUGAAUUUUCUCAGUCAUAUGUGAUUCAUUAAUGUAAUAAAGUAUGCUCCUAAUAUGCUGUUUGCUUUUAAACAUGGGAACUGAGUUACCCUUGCAGGUGUGAUAAAAAAUAAAUAAAUAAAAUGAUCACCUAUCUGCUUGUCUUAUCUCUUUUGUUGCUUUUAAAUGUACACUUAG